AUGUCGAAUACAAGAGCAGUUAUCAGGAAUCGGUUGGAAAUAGUUUCUCGCCAAAUCGACCUGACAGAACUUAAUAAUCAGUUAGAAGAAAGAAGGAAGAAGAGAAUGAAAACCUGUUAUCCAGUUGAAAUUGACAUUUAUUUAGAUUACAGUACUUGGGAAUCAGAAGAAGAGGAGGACAUGGAAGAAGAGGAAAAUGCCCGACAUAUCUGGUUAUGUCGCGUAUAUGAUGAAAACCCCUAUCGCUGUAGACUGUCGGAUGAACGCAGUCGGUUUGUGAUACAGUUUGGCACCUUGAUGGAAUUGAUUAGCAUGGUUAGAAAAAUCGCCUUCCCUAACGCAUCGUUUACUCAAAACCGACCUUUACAAAUUGUGGACACUUGUAAAGAAUUUCCAGUUUACAGCAUGACUCAAAAACGAAGAGGGAUAUGUUUAAUAAUAAAUAACGUGGACUAUGCUGAUCCCUCGAAGGUAAGGUCUGGAUCACAAAAGGACUGUAAAGAUCUAAAGGCCACCUUUAGAAAGAUACUCUUUAAAGUGAUCGUUUUAAAAAAUUUGACGGACUCGAACAUAAUUUCGGCAAUAAAGAAAAUGUCGACUCGGGAUCACUCUCAAUAUGACUCUUUUGUGUGCUGUAUUUUAGCACAUGGAGGGCGAGGUACAGUAACUGGCGUGAACGAUAAACCUGUACAUCUUGAAAAAAUUACAUCUAACUUCCGGGUAUGUGACUGUCCGUCUCUCGCAGGAAAACCCAAAGUAUUCAUCAUUCAGGCUUGCCAAGGUUCCAGAGAACAACGAGGUGUGGAGCUACACCAGUCAGAUUCCAUUUCUGAUGACACCCCACUUAUGACAUUAGCGGAUGGUGCCGACUUCUUCAUGGCGUAUGCGACAGAACCAGGAUUCAAAUCAUACAGAAACCCACGCACUGGAUCUUUUUUCAUUAACAGUCUGUGUAAAAACAUAAACCAAUACAAGAGCCACGAGUUGUCGCAGAUAAUGCGAAAGGUUUGUGCUGAAAUCGCACAUAUAACUAUUAAUGACGACAUGAAACAGGUUCCCUGGGUAUCGUCCACACUGACCAAGGAUCUGGUUCUCUGGCCAGUGUACACAAAUAAAACAGUGACAUAA